GUUUGUCGGGUGGGGGUGGUUUUUUGGUCGUGGAGUUUUUGUGGGGUUAUAAAUUCUUGUUUGUUUUCGGAGUAAAAGAAUCUUGUGAAAAAGCGAAAAACCACCAAACGGCUAUAAUCGAGUUACAGGGAAGGAGAUGAAAAGAGGAGGAAGAGAAAGAACGAUUUUCUCUUUACUUUUUUGAGGAUCAUUGUUAAAACUUUACUGGGUUUUUUGUUUGCUAAAUUUUCUCUCCAAUUUGGCCUUCUUCUUGGGUUUUUUUUUUUUUUUUGGGCUGUGGUGGACUUUGAUCUGAAUUCUGAUAAAGUUGAAGCCUUUAAAAUCAGCAUUUUUUUUCAAAGGUUUUGGUUUUUAGUGAUUAGAAAGGGGCAAUCCUUGUUGGGUCGUUUAAUCAUGUCUGAAGGGUACUAUAAUUCCAAGAAGACUGAUGAUAUUUGUGAAGAAGUUUGUGGACGGCAGGCGUCCUGUGCAGCAUUUACCAUAUCUAGAUUGCGGUGCUUGUUGCGGGGGUUCGAUAUCAGGACUUGUAUUUUACCCUUUGUGGUUAUCCCGCUAUUCAUCUUUGGGGUGUAUGUACAUGGGCAGAAAAUCACUUAUUUCCUAAGACCGCUAUGGGAAUCACCUCCUAAGCCUUUCCAUGAAAUCCCUCACUAUUAUCAUGAGAAUGUGACAAUGGAGACUCUCUGCAAUCUUCAUGGGUGGAAAAUUCGAGAGUCCCCUAGACGAGUUUUUGAUGCUGUGCUGUUCAGCAAUGAGAUAGACAUUCUCACACUUCGAUGGAAUGAAUUGUAUUCUUACAUAACACAAUUUGUGCUUCUUGAGUCCAACUCGACAUUUACUAGCUUACCAAAACCAUUGCUUUUUGCUAGCAACAGACAACAAUUUAAAUUUAUUGAGCCUCGUUUGACGUAUGGGAUGAUUGGUGGGAGAUUCAGGAAGGGUGAAAACCCUUUUGUUGAGGAGGCAUUUCAGAGAGUUGCAUUGGACCAGCUUCUCAGAAUAGCUGGUAUCGAAGAUGAUGAUUUAUUGAUAAUGUCUGAUGUAGAUGAGAUCCCUAGUGCACAUACGAUUAAUCUAUUGAGAUGGUGUGAUGAUAUACCACCUGUUAUUCAUCUUCAGUUGAGAAACUAUUUGUACUCUUUUGAGUAUCACAUAGACAACAAAAGCUGGAGAGCCUCAGUCCACAGGUACAAGGCAGGCAAGACCAGAUAUGCUCAUUACCGUCAAGCUGAUAUCGUCUUGUCAGAUGCAGGGUGGCAUUGUAGCUUUUGCUUUCGAUAUAUUAGCGAGUUUAUAUUCAAGAUGAAAGCUUACAGCCACAAUGAUCGAGUAAGGUUCUCUCACUACUUGAACCCUGAGAGGAUUCAGGAUGUAAUAUGCAGAGGGACUGACCUAUUUGAUAUGCUUCCUGAGGAAUACACGUUCAAGGAGAUCAUUGGGAAGAUGGGACCUAUCCCUCGCUCUUAUUCAGCUGUCCAUCUUCCUGCUUAUUUGUUGAACAAUGCGGAGAAAUACAAGUAUCUUUUGCCGGGUAACUGCAAAAGAGAAAAUGGCUGAGCCAAGAAAAUUGUGUGCUGUAAAGUCUUCAAUUACAAGUUGUGCCCUGUACCAGAAAGUGCUGCAUUGGCCAUUUGAUGGCUAUGGUGUAGACCUGAUAGAAGUGUACUGAAGCUGGGUAGAACUUGAUGGGAUCUGACUGUGAGUGGAAACUUUAUAUAUGUCCUCUAUCUGAAUUUGGUUUCUUCCAUUAUGGAGGCCGAUCCAAUUUCCCAGUACUAGAGCUUGUUGUGAGAGACAUUUCCCAGGUUUUUCCUUGAUGGGAAUUUCGUUUUUCUUGGACUAAUUGAUUCAUAUAUUCCUCUUACAAAGUAGUAACGACAUGGGCUCAUUGAUUUGUAUCAUUUGACUGCUGCUGUUGGUUCUCCCAUUGAUCAUAAUGCUGAAUCAUUCAUCUAUUGCUGUAUUCUUUUUUUUUUUUUUUGAAUUUUUCAAUAUUAAGGUUAACAUAACGACGAAAGCUCUCUUUUCAGAAUAGGCCAACUCUUACUCCGUUCCUGGAAUCAUUUGAGUUAUAAUUCUUUUACAUUACUAUGGCAGUUGAACUAACAGGAAUUUUUUUCCUUCAUAUUCUCAACCUCCAGAGAAACAGUUUCCCUUCUUCUAAUGCGUUAAAAAAAAAAUCGAAAAGUGAAUUUCAAAACACUAAUACAAGAUUAUGAAAUGUAGUCAAACAACUGUUUCACCAAUCCGCAGAUUGCUUGAAUUCAUGCGCCGUGGCUGCGUGAGGCCCCUAAUACAAAACCUUGUCCAGGCCAUUUAUUUCACACGGAUUCUUCAUUUAAUGGGAUAGGAGACUUUCCCAUUUGACUUGGUUGCAAGGAAAAAGUCAAAACUAUUUUUUUUUUAUCAUUGGUUACUUGAGAAAGUAAAAUUGCUUGGAAUACGUCCAUGACAAAAGACAAAAGUUGAUGAGAAGAUGUUUUUAAUGCCAUGGGGGAAGACUAAUUAAUUCAUGGUGACAAUAAUGACAUGAUUUUUGUUGAUUACGAUUGAUGCAUGCAUCAGUGGACAAGUGGCAUACGUGGUUGUGAUUCAGAUAUCCUGUGGGCGCAAAAAACAAAAAAAAAAAAACGAGCCUUUUUGCACCAAUGUAAGAAAAUCGGAAAAAGGAAAUUAAGUUUGGAGAAUAGAUUAUGGCUUUGAAGUUCUUCAUUGUUCUGACAUAAUCAA